CAGACACGUUAUAUUUGUGUAAAUGUCAGUAUACCAGAGAAGAAGAUGACGCUGUUGUAUUGUCGUUGUGGGGAACAGGAAGUUCCGGGUAGAAAACGACAGAACUGUGCUGUUAUGUCGAUAGGGGUUGUGUCCGUUUCAAAUGUAUUAUUGUAGGCCGACUCAGAAUAAUUCUGAGGCCGGUAACAUCAACAGUGAGGACAAACCCAGCCUGCCUCUCUCCUUCCACACUGAGUCCAAACCUACAGUCACUGGGUUGUGAUUGUGACAGUGGAGCCCAGUUUGCACUGCAGGAUCCAGAGAUGGCAUCAGUGAAGCUGGAAGACUGCAGUCAAACACUGGAGCUGAAUGUCAACAUUAAAGAUGAAGAAGAGGAGGAGAAGAUCAGGACAACUGUUAAUAAUGGACACCAUGUUGAGACAUUCUCUACAUCCAGAGAGCAACAGCAGGAAGAUCAGAGAGCUAAGACGUCUCAUCACUGCCCACAUUGUGAAGAGAUUUUCCCAUUUCUAUCAAAGCUAAAAAUACACCUAAAAAUACACACAGGAGAGAAGCCUUACUCCUGCUCUGACUGUGGAAAAUGCUUCACAACAUCAAUUGAUCUAAACGUUCAUCAGAGAACACACACAGGAGCGAAGCCUUAUUCCUGCUCUGACUGUGGAAAAUGUUUUAAAACAUCAACUCAGCUAAAAGUUCAUCAGAAGACUCACACAGGAGAGAAGCCUUUCUUCUGCCCUGACUGUGGAACUAGUUUCUCUCAACUUUCCAACUUAAAAUCACAUGAACGUAUACAUACAGGAGAGAAGCCUUACUCCUGCUCUGACUGUGUAAAAUAUUUCAAAACAUCAACUGAGCUAAAAAUUCAUCAGAGAACACACACAGGAGAGAAGCCAUACUCCUGCUCUGACUGUGGAAAAUGUUUUAAAACAUCAAAUGAGCUAAAGGUUCAUCAGAGAACACAUACAGGAGAGAAGCCUUUCUUCUGCCCUGACUGUGGAACUAGUUUCUCUAAACUUUACCACUUAAAAAGACAUGAACGUAUUCAUACAGGGGAGAAGCCAUACUCCUGCUCUGACUGUGGAAAAUGUUUUAAAACAUCAAAUGAGCUAAAAGUUCAUCAGAGAACACACACGGGAGAGAAGCCAUACUCCUGCUCUGACUGUGGAAAAUGCUUCACAACAUCAACUGAUCUAAAAGUUCAUCAGAGAACACACACAGGAGAGAAGCCUUUCUUCUGCCCUGACUGUGGAACUAAUUUCUCUCAACUUUCCAACUUAAAAUCACAUGAACGUAUACAUACAGGAGAGAAGCCAUACUCCUGCUCUGACUGUGUAAAAUAUUUCAAAACAUCAACUGAGCUAAAAGUUCAUCAGAGAACACACACAGGAGAGAAGCCAUACUCCUGCUCUGACUGUGGAAAAUGUUUUAAAACAUCAAAUGAGCUAAAGGUUCAUCAGAGAACACAUACAGGAGAGAAGCCUUUCUUCUGCCCUGACUGUGGAACUAGUUUCUCUAAACGUUACCACUUAAAAUCACAUGAACUAAUACAUACAGGGGAGAGGCCAUACUCCUGCUCUGACUGUGGAAAAUGUUUUAAAACAUCAAAUGAGCUAAAGGUUCAUCAGAGAACACACACAGGAGAGAAGCCUUAUGUCUGCUCUGACUGUGGAACUAGUUUCUCUCAACUUUCCAACUUAAAAUCACAUGGACGUAUUCAUACUGGAGAGAAGCCAUACUCCUGCUCUGACUGUGGAAAAUGUUUUAAAACAUCAAAUGAGCUAAAAGUUCAUCAGAGAACACACACUGGAGAGAAGCCAUACUCCUGCUCUGACUGUGGAAAAUACUUCAAAACAUCAGCUGAGCUAAAAGCUCAUCAGAGAACACACACAGGAGAGAAGCCGUAUUCCUGCUCUGACUGUGGAAGAUGUUUAAAAACAUCAAAUGAGCUAAAAGUUCAUCAGAGAACACACACAGGAGAGAAGCCUUAUGUCUGCUCUGACUGUGGAAAAUGCUUCACAACAUCAACUCAUCUAAAAGUUCAUAAGAGAACACACACAGGAGAAAAGCCUUACUCCUGUUCUGACUGUGGAAAAUGUUUUAAAACAUCAAGUGAUCUAAAAGUUCACCAGAGAACACACACAGGAGAGAAGCCUUUCUUCUGCCCUGACUGUGUAAAAUGUUUUAAAACAUCAACUCAUCUAAAAGUUCAUAAGAGAACACACACAGGAGAAAAGCCUUACUCCUGUUCUGACUGUGGGGUGAGUUUCUCUCGACUGGAUACCUUAAAAACACAUCAACAUAUACAUGAGAGAAGCCGUACUCCUACUCUGCCUGUGUAAAAUGCUUCAAAACAGCAACUGAGCUAAAAGUUCAUCAGAGAACACACGAAUGAGAGAAGCCUGCUUAUUUUGCUCUGACUUUUGGGUGAGUUUCUCUCACCAUAGCUACUUAACACAACAAUGUGUACACACAGGGGAGAAGCCUUACUCCUGCUCUGUGGAGUCGUGCGCGUGUAAGUCAAACGUCUAGCCAAAGGCUGCGUGUUUGAAUCUCAUCAAGGAGGACUUUAGCAUUUUAGCUAAUUAGCAACUUUGCAACUACUGACUACUUUUUAGCUAUGUUAGCAUGUUAGCUUAGCAUGCAACUACUUAGCAUAUUAGCUUACCUUUCCCCUAAACCCAUUUAACUCUACCUUAAACCCCUCACCCCUAACCUAGCUAACGUUAGCAACAACAAAUUGGAAUUCGUAACAUAUCAUACAUAUUACAAGUUCGUAACAUAUUGUAUGAACAACAAUCUAAACGCAACAAUUUCAAAGACUUACAGUUCGUAUAACGAAAUCAGUCAAUUGAAAUUUGAGGUGGCUUAUGGUAGAGAUAUAAAUAUUGAGUUCUCUGGCAACAGCUCUGGUGCACAUUCCUGCAGUCAUCAUGAGA